GAGAUUUCUGGGAAGAAUAGGCUUAUCAGAUGAUCGGGUUCUCAUAAAGACUGCCUUAAUUUACACGUUGAUCAACUCUCCUGUUCAACCCUUUGAACAGGAACCCCUUUCGUAGUGUCCUUGAUAUCAAUGCCAACAGAGAUUCAAGAAGCUGACAAAAAUAUACAACAACAUUCUGGAGGAAAGACAGUCCACCGCACAUGAGAAACUGGACAAGAAGUAUUCCAAGAUAUACUAAGAUUGUGACUUUGUGACCACUUCUCUGCCCAUUAUCCGCGUACAGGGCCAUGAAAGCAGGUUGACAUGCUCAAAUUCCAAUGUAGUACGCUUUCUGCCGCCCUUGUCUGCGCAGUUUGCGUCCUGCACCUGGCCUUCACAGCUAGUGCCGAUGAGCACAAGGCGCCUCUCAUCAUUGCCCACAGGGGCUCCCCAUGCCACUUCCCAGAGGAGACACUGGAAGGCUUUAGCAGGGCCAUCGAGUAUGGCGUCGACUACAUUGAGAUGGACGUGGUCAGCACCAAGGACGGCCACCUCAUAUGCAGACACGAACUGACGCUAGAUGACAGCACGGAUGUCGCGGACCAUCCCGAGUUUGCUGAGCGCAAGUGGGCCACAACACUGCCCAGCGGCCGGGAACAGAGCGGCUUCUUUGCCGCAAACUUCACGCUGCAGGAGAUCCGCACCCUCUACGCCAGGCAGGCCAUCCCCUUCCGCAACCAAGCUUCCUCACACAGCUUCAGGGUGAGGACGCUGCCAGAGGUGCUUCAGCUGGCGAUGAAUUCCACUGAGUCUGGCCGCCCGGUUGGCGUAUACAUAGAGACAAAGGGGCCGGCCUUCCACUCCAGCAUCGGGCAGCCCCUGGAGGCCAGACUGGUGGACGCUCUCAUCGCAGCCGGUUAUGGGAAAAUGGCGGCCGCACCGCUCAUCCUGCAGUCCUUCGAGCUGCAGUCGCUGCAGAACCUGUCUAGGGAGUUGGAGGCGAGGGGGCUGCCGGGGAGGGCCGACCUGGUGUGGCUUCUGGACUGCGCUUCAGAGGUCAAUGACACGCAGCUGGACGCCUUUGCCACGUAUGGCUAUGGCAUAGGCCCAGAGAAGAGCAUGGUGGCGACACUGGACCUCGCGCCGGAGUGUGCGCGGUCAGAGGGCGAUGCCUGCAGCGCUGUGUCGCCCAGUCAGACGUGCACCGGCCGGCUCACCACGGCGGCGGCUGCCGGUGCGGCCGCGCGGAGCGGUGCCACUGUCAGGAGUGGGUUGGUCGAGAGGGCGCAUGCCAGGGGCCUAGUGGUUCACCCGUACACCUUCAGAAACGAGGGGCGGUUCAUGGCGUUGGAUUUUGACGCGGACCCUCUGGCGGAGCUCAGCCUGUUCAGGGAACUGGGGGUGGAUGGCGUGUUUGUGGACUGCCCUGCCACUGCCGCAGAGUGGCUGGCCACACAGCACCUCACACCGACAUCGUGGAUAGGAUCAGUCAUCGGCGGUCCUGGGCCUCGUCAGUCUGCUGCAAUAGCCUCGGUGUCAGUGCUGGCAACACUGCUGGCCAUCACCCUGGUGUGGGGCGUUGUCACCCUCGUGCGCCACCGGCGAAGACAGCGGGCGAAGUAUGAUUUCUUUCCAAGCAUGUUCAACACGGGGGACCUGACGUGGUACCCCCCGGACUACCGGAGGGCAGUGGUGGACGAGGCCGGCGGUGGCAGCCGGGGGGAGGAGUGCGGGGAGGACACGCCGCUGCCGACGUCCAUAAUGAUGACGACCAUUGACUCCCCGCCGCGCAUCGCUGAGCGGGAACGCCGUGCAGACAACGCUGCCGGCGGCACAUGAUCUCCGGGGUAAUUAAAUAGUAAAUUAGUAAAUGAACAAAUACAUAGUUAGAUCAAC